GAGUACUCAUUUUACAGUUGUCUACGUUAUCGAUAUUUGACAGUGUUUUUGUAGGUUACGGUUUUUAGUUUGUGUUUACAAAUAAUUGGUGGUAAAAUGGAUUUCACAAGUUACAUCCGUGAUCAAAACGAAAAACUUCAUUGUCGUGAUUAUGUAUUUCACUUAUGGGAAGAACUUGAAGGAAUUAACUCUGAUGGGGAUAUAAGUGCAAAUGCCAUUAACGACUUUAACAACCACUUGCCUGUACUCCUCGAACAGUUUUGGGAAAUUGCGUUAGAGAAGUUGAAUAUGGCAGAAGAACUCGAUGAAAUUGACGAAGAAUUGAAAGUGUAUCUCUUGAUUUUAAUAUACCAGUGUAUAACGCAAUCACAUGAGCUGAUCUCGUACAAAUGUGUCUUGUACGCUGCAGAGGUGUAUUUACAUUUACUGACAACUCCACAACGUGAUGAAUUUUAUAAGAGUAAACUCUAUCGUAUUACUAUUUCUACUGUAGAGUCAUCACUUGAAGCUGUGGCAACAGAACAUAUUGCCAAUCGUUUAAUGUUUAAAUUACGAAAAUUUCUUGUGAGAGCUAAACUCACUCUUUCUGAUUUAGAGGUGACAUUAGCUACAUUGAUACAUAUUAUGUUUAUCAAAUCAAAGGAAGUUUUUCAUGAUUUUGAAAUGUUGAAUCAUCCACAACCUAUAGCGCUUGAAAGCCUGUUAAGUUUAAAAGUCCUCUAUGAGCAGGAACUCAUUCAGUCAAGAAAAUUCAUAAUAAUGACGUAUUUAUUUAAUGGUUUAAGAAAACAUAACGCAAUACAUACAACGCCGCGUCAUUUUAACAUAAUUCAACUUAACUUCCGGAAUUUGUUCAAAAGUCUCCAUCAAAAAUUUAAGGAAGAGCGGUACAAAACAUUCCUGAACGCAUUUAUCCAUAUUUGGAAACAUCCAGACUUUACUUUUUUUGGUGAGGCGGUAUUUAUAAUGAAUGGUUUAAAAGAGAAAUAUUAUCGCACAUUGCUUGACAUUUUAAACAAGAUGAUGAUGACCAAAAACCCACAUAAAAACUUAUUUAAACUAGCAUUAUCCAUCAUCUGCUACCCUCCCAAGUAUGUUCCCACAGAGAAAGUUAAAGUGACAAAUGAAAUUUUACUUAAACAGAUUUUACUCAAUUGUCUUUCAAGCAAAAGUGAAGUUUCAAAUAAUGCAGUUGAGUCGCUAGCGGAGAUUUUGAUGUCGCCAGAUUUAGAAAAAGAGUAUAUAAAAACACCUAUGAAGGCAAUUUUAAACUGCAGCAAUAACCAGAACAUGAAUGUGCCUAUGAUGUUGAGAGGUCUUCAGACUCUAAUGAGCAAGAAGUGGGGUACCCGUUCGAAAAAUAAAAAUUUGUUGGUAAUUGUAGUUUCUGUAAUGUUGUUUUGUGAAGAGGAUCAUCCAGAAAUGUACAGGGAGGUUCUGGAUUUUUUAACUGAACAGUGCACACCAUACGAUGUUAAACCAUUCCUUCCUCUUCUGUCUCAAACUUACUUAACACUAACACACAAAAAUCAGAAAUUCAGUGCUCUACAGCUCUUAAAAAUAAUUUUCAAAAUGGCCUUACAUCCCAUGGCAUCAUCAACGGAAUUCGUCAAGUAUUUAUACACAGCUAUGAUUUAUCCAAACGUCUGCAAAGGAAUGCCAGUAAAAAGCGAAAUCUUUAUCGAUCCAAUCAUAUCCGACGAUUUUCAUUUUUCGGAAUUUUUUGAAAAAUGUCAUACAUUGGGAUUGAUCAGAAACGAUCACAUCACGAAACUAAUUGGCAACCUCUCAAAUAUAAACGAAUCAAAUAUGAAAUUACUGUGUGCUCUUGUUCAUUUGACCGAAUAUAAAGAGCUUUCAGUAAUAGCCGACCACAUCAAUGAUAAUUUUACGACGAUAUGCAAUCGUGCCGAUUUGACGCACUUGUUUUACAUUUAUAAUAAAAUAUAUAAAAACGCCCCAUCGCGAUCAAAUCAAAGUGUACGAUGUAAUGAAAUUAUGGUGUGUUUUAUCAAACAUCACCUUCUACGGCAGAGUUUUCGGUGGAAUUGUGUAGCUAAUGCUUUUUCUUUACUGAAAACGCUCGAAGACUUUACGAAUUUGGAAGAAGAUUUUGCCCUCUUUAAGGAGCAAUAUGACCGAAUGCUUGCCGCAGCUGUCCAAACUAGAGGUAGUUUUCUUCCAUUGGUGUAUUACUGUCAGUUGAUAAUUUUUGGAAGAGUUAUACCGAAUGAGGAAAAUUUAAAGGCUGUAACCGAUUUUUUGUCCUUAUGUACGGAUGAAUUUCACAGUAGAAGUGCUGAUUUCAAUCCGAAAUUGUGGAUCGGUUGUCUGCUUCUUUACACCAACAUUUGUGUGGUGAAAACAAACCUAGUAGAAACGGCGUUGGAUUAUCUGCAGUGUGGUUUAAAUUCUUCAGUGACGGUAGUGAAGUUGGCGGCUAUUAAUAUGACGUUCGAUUUGUGUAAUAUGGUAACUCACAAUUUUGAAGAUGUUAUAAGAUACAUGUUUAAACAAUUAGUAUUUGGUGACAACGUUUUUAAAAAGACUUGUCUGAUGAAAAUUGAUCGUUUAAUACGAGACGACUAUUUGAAGUUGGAAUUAGAACAAUUUAUUAUUUUUGUGUCAGUACUGGCCGACCGCCAUGUUAAUUUAAGUGAUUACGCAAAGCAGUUACUAUCCGAAAACUUUUUUAUGUCUAAUCCGACUCUUAUUGCAAGGUAUUUUGUACCUUUAAUUGUACACAUCAAUGGAUACAGGAAGCAUCCAAAUUAUCGAAUAAGCAACAACGGAUACGAAUUGGCGCAGCUUAUUUCGAGAAGUAUCUUAGACAGGCGAAAAAUGUACGACCUGUUGUUCAAUAGUUUACCCAUUAAACAUCGUUUCACUAUAAUUUAUCUUCUAAGUACGCAUAUUUUAGUUAUUGUUUCAGAAAAUAUGAUGAAAAGCAGAAUCAAAGUCGACGAUGGUUUUUGGAAAAUGAUCAAGGAUUCGAUUUAUAUUUUCAAGCUGUUGACGUCAAACUCGAAUGAAGAUGAACCUGGAGAAAAUUUUUAUAAGAAAGUUGCAGGACACAUAUCUAAAUUCCUUCUUCAGAAAUCAGAAUAUCCAGAUAAGAGUCUAUAUCCGGAAUACCAUAAGGAAAUCAUGCAAGGAACUGAAACGCUCAUAAGGUUGCUUUCUUUCAACGAUAACAACAAUAUUCAAAAACAUAUAAGUAUUUCUGUUUUUGAUGCCAUUAUUCAUUGGACCAACUUUUUAAUGGCCGAUUUGGUGCAUAUCAUUCAUGUUGAACGAAGCAAAGAAAUACAAAGUUGUUUUUCCAAAUUUGAUAAAUUUUAUAAGAAGAAUGGACAGAAUUUGAGGUAUGCUGAAGAUUCGUUUGAAAGCGGAGGUGGAAUGAGUACUGAUACCCCUUGUUGCAGCAGAUCGUUGUUUAAUGUACCUGAGGAAUACAUUCCAGAUUUUGAUACGAGUUAACCACCUCUUUUCAGGUGCAUCAGUCGAUGUGAAAAAUGUACAGUUUUAUUGUAAAUACAACGAUAAUUUGUAAGGUUUAGUUGCAAAAGUGAUAACUUAUUUUGUGUUCCAACAAUUAGGUUAGAAAUACUUGUUAAUUGUAUAAAGUAACAUUUUUUAUUUAUAUUUUAAUAUAGGUUAGUGCACUAGUGACUUGUUCCCAGCACCAGGCGACACGAUCGGCAAAUAGCGUUGCAUAUGAGGGAUACACGGAUGUAUCUAUUUUACGAUCGUCAUUUUAACAGAAACUGUAAAAAGAAUAUGGUGGCGAUUAAAAAAGUUAGUUUUUAUUAUACUGAAUUCUAGCUUUGUUAGAAAAGAUUUUUUUUAAUUAGUUUAAAAUAUUAAUUUGUAGGACACUGCUACACGCGUGUUUCGUUACGCAGUACCGUCUUCAGGAAGAAGAAUAACUGGUUUUACAACAGAAAAGUUUUCAUUUGUAUACCUGACACAAAAAAUUUUACAAUUUCAUAUUUAGCAGUGGAGAUUUGUUUAACUCCGUUUGGUCAUUCAUACCUAUUAAUUUCCAAACAUUCUAGAGAUUUAAGUUUUAAACCUUUAUUUUCUAUGUGUAAAAUUCUAAAGUUGUCAUUAAAAUUAUGGUUUUCUUCAAUCAAGAGAUUGCCGUAUGUAGAGUUCGCUAUAUUAUUAGACUAAAAUGUUUUGUGUUUUUUUAUCCUUUCUCCAAAUCAGGUAUCUAAAUGAAAACUUUCUGUCUAGUAAAAGUUUUUCUUUUCUAACAAAGUUAAGAUGGAGUUUAAACAAGUAAACGCCUCAUCAACACAAGCAUUGAAUUCUAAUUGGUCAAAAGUAUGUUAGUCCAUGCCACGGUUGUAGAAUUUUGGUUGAUACACUAGCGACUUGAAAUGAUAACGCUUCUUCCCAUGGAAAGCCUCUACCAUGUAGUACGAAAAUCAUUUUAGUUAUUUUAAGGGUUUACAAGUGCUUUCUAAAUACAAUUAGCAACACAAAAUUCUUAGGUGACAUUUGAUCAGAGUCGAUAACUAUGUAUUAUUAUCUUUUAUUAAUUAUAUCAGUUACGAACAGAUGUCGAUAGAAUUACCUAUUGAAACCCUAAAGAAGAGAGGCUGGACAAAGCCGCCAUUUUAUAUCACAACCACAUAUUUUUUUUAAUUUGCUGUUCCUAAUGUGUAAAUGUAACGGAAUAAAAUCACAAAAUCAUUCCAAUGAGACGUUAGAGUAGACAUACUUACUUGAGGAAAAUACGAGAAUAAAACCAGUGAACACAAAAUGAUUCUAUUUUAUAGAAUAAUACAUUGUCAUAAUUUUACUGUGACGGUCUGAUUUAGGCAUUUGGUCUUUUUCUACAAGAAAUUUUCAAAAUAAAUAGUCAAGUAUUUUCUGUAGUCAUUUUCAUAAUAGUUCCCUCCGUUUUUAAAUUAUCCAAUCAUAGCGUUUCCAUAUAACAGGACCACAGUGAAAACUAGGCGACGGUUUGGACAGAUUCUCUUCUUUAGGGUCUGUAGGUUCCUAAAACCAGGCGACGCGACGGUAAUUAGCGUCGUUGACCACAUGGACAUAUACUAGUGUCUCGAAGUAUCUAUUCCACGGUCGUGGUCGAGGCUUUUAGAUUACUUGUUCCAUAAACGUACCAUGUAGAGGGUCUCUGUAUACGAAAAAAAUAAUCUAGAUUUGAACCUAAUUUUGGCAAAGCAUAAUGAAAAAUACACGUAAUGUUAAAAUAAAAAUCGCUCACAAGUUAAUAAUAAAGCGGAACAUCAAAAUUAAAAAAAAUAUAUUUUCUGUAAUCUAUGUACCUGCUUGUUGUUUUCUGUUAAAAAAAUCGAAAUUUGGUGAGAGAACUUUACUGUGAAAUUGAAAAUGUGUAGCUACUUAAGUACGCUUACGUUUUUGUUAUUUUAUAACUAAUGGUUUACUAAAUAUUAGCAAGAAUUUUGAAAAUAUGGAAAAUACGUCAUUUUUAAUGUGUUUUCUUUUUAUUUCUAAAAUAAAAUGUUUUGUAAGUUAUACUACUAUGUUUGUUAUUUUGUAUUUAAUGAAUUCAUUUUUAUUUCUCUUGGGUAGGCUAGAGAUGUAUUGGAGUAUUGAUUUACACGAAUCUUUAAUUUCAAGGUUUUUUGACGAUUCGCAGCUUGUGAAAUACGAAAGUGUUGGUCCCCAUUUCGCAUCUUCAAAGUAAAUGAACUGAUUACUGUGAAUUUUUUAAAGCACUGUAAGGUGAUCCUAUAGGCCAUUAAACGUUAACAAAAUGUA